UUUUUUUACAUUUUCAUGAAGAUUACAACUUACACACAUAAAGACGACAACAACAAGUGGCUAAUAAAACCAUAUAACAAAGAAGCCUUCGACAGUACUCAAAUAGUGAAACAUGGAGACCUAAUUCGUUUGGAACAUGUGCCUACUCAUCGAAAUCUUCAUUCUCAUAAUGAGCCAGCGCCGAUGACUAAAAAACAUUUACAAGUAACUGGUUACGGUGAACAAGGUAUUGGAGAUGCUAAUGACAUUUGGAAACUGGUAAUUGUUGGGGGUAAAAGUAAUGAUACUGUAAAAACUGUAACAACAAAGUUUAAAUUGAUCCACUAUUUACAAAGCUGUAGUUUGACAUCAAGUGGAAAACAACUGCCCAAAUGGGGUUUCGAACAACAAGAAGUUUCAUGUAAUCUAAAUAUUCGAGAUAAAAAUUCCAAUUGGAAUAUUGAAGACAACAAACAUAAGAACUGUAAGUUAAACAUUUUUAUAAUAACAUUUGCCCCUAUUUCACAAUGUCUGUUUAUUUUUUAA